AUGAUCGCGACGUACAUCUACGCGAUCACGAUGACUUGCGGAAUCGAGAUUGUGGGCGGGACAAGGGCGGGCACAACACCUUGUCUACGUACGCAGAUAAAGGAGUAUCACUUUAACUACACCUCGCGUGGAGCACACCCCUCCACGGCUGCGGGAUUGCACGCGGAGAAGAGAGCAGCGCGUGGAACUGGGUGA